UCAGUCUCCACCUCCCUCACCUCUUACCAUCUGGAGGUGAUCCUGAAGAGGCAACGGCUCCAGACCAAAGCGCUCAGUUCAUCUCCAGACUACAAACCCUGUACAUGGUCCCUUAAAGUGCAGAGAGUGACCUGUUCCCUCCAUCAGCUGCCCCACUGACCGAUAGGGCAAGAUGGCGCGGGAUAUGUCCGAUAAGGAGAUCAUGAAAAUGGAGCUGGAACAACUUCAGAAAGAGGUUAAGAACACUAGAGAGCCAGUUUCUAAAACCGCAAAGGAGAUUUGUGAAUGGGUUGAGGCCCAAUCCGCAGAAGAUCCACUAGUAAAAGGAGUUCCUGAGGACAAAAACCCCUUCAAGGAGAAGGGUGGAUGCAUAAUAACGUAGCCCAUGUGAUUUCUUGUGGCAAAAGUAUAUGAGGAUGUGUUAAUUUGUGCUAAUGAGUGCUGUUUAGCAGUCGGUUAUCUGAACUUAAAUGAGGAGUAAGCACAUUGUACUAAGCUUUAGCAUCAUAGAUGCCAUAGAGAUUGCAAGAUUUGAACAAAUACUUGACCUUACAGUGUCAAAAAGGAUUGGUUUUGGAUGUGUGUAUCUCUUCUUGUACUUAUUACUCACUGCUUGUACUCUUGAAGCAAACUCUUUGUAAAUAAAACUGGCAAAUUUGAAAAUAA